GGCAGCGAGAGGACCGAGCACAGAGCACAGCGCUGCCGACAGGCUGGACAUCGUUCCGUGGCUCCCCCCGCGCACAGACCCCACUCCCGGGAUCUUAACCAUGUGGACCGAAGCCGGGAAGAAGCUUCUGCUUUUACAUUUGCUGCUCGCGGAGCUCCGCUGCAAUGAAGGAACUCAUACUGAGUCGGAGUGUGAAACUGGGCAGUUUCAGUGCAAGAACGGCCGAUGCAUCCCCACCCUCUGGAGAUGUGAUGAUGACGACGACUGCACGGACAACAGCGACGAGGAGAACUGUCCAAAGAAAACGUGCGCCACCACAGACUUCACCUGCAAGAACGGACAGUGUCUCCCCGCAAGGUGGCGCUGCGAUGGAGAGCCAGAGUGUGCGGACGGAUCCGAUGAGGCUGACGCCAUCUGCAGCCGGCAGACUUGUCCACCGGAGAAGUUUGAUUGUGGCGGGGCUGCCAGCAAAUGCGUUUCCCUGUCAUGGCGAUGCGACGGGGAGAGGGAUUGUGAGAACGGGGCGGAUGAGGAGCAGUGCGCUGCAGAUGCCAAGGCGUGCCCCUCCAAAGAUUUUCAGUGCCGUAACGGAAAGUGCUUGGCACCAGUCUUUCUUUGUGACGGAGACAAUGACUGCGGGGACGGCAGCGACGAGGAGAAAUGCUCCACUCCCACCUGCAGCCCGCAUGAGUUUCGUUGCAACAACUCCGAGUGCAUCCCUGCCCUGUGGAGCUGUGACGGUGAACCGGACUGUAAGGACAAGUCAGACGAGUCCAUGGAGCGCUGCAGCCGCCGGACGGAGCCCCAGAAACCUCGCUGCCCGGUCGGCGAGUUUCACUGCGGGAGCGGAGAGUGUGUUCAAAUGAACUGGAAGUGUGACGGCGACGCCGACUGCAAGGAUAAAUCAGACGAAGCAAACUGUCCGCUGCUCACGUGUCGACCUGAUGAGUUCCAGUGUGGCGAUGGCUCCUGCAUUCACGGCACAAAGCAGUGUAAUAAAGUCCACGACUGUCCAGACUACAGCGACGAGGCCGGCUGUGUCAACGUUACAAAAUGCGACGGGCCGAGGAAGUUUCGCUGUAAGAACGGGGAGUGCAUCGACAGCAACAAGGUGUGCGACAGUGUGAAGGACUGCAAGGACUGGUCCGACGAGCCAGUGAAGGAGUGCGGCCUCAACGAGUGUGCCAGCAACAACGGCGGCUGCUCCCACAUCUGCAGGGACCGGAAGAUCGGCUACGAGUGCGACUGUCCCUCUGGAUACAAACUCCUGGACAAAAAGACCUGCGGAGACAUAGACGAAUGUGAGAACCCAGAUGCCUGCAGUCAGAUCUGCAUCAACUACAAAGGGGACUACAAGUGCGAGUGCUACGAAGGCUACGAGAUGGACCCGGCCUCUAAGACCUGCAAAGCCGUCGGAAGCAGUCCGUACCUGAUGUUCACCAACCGGCACGAGAUCCGCCGCAUCGACCUGCUGAGGAGCGAAUACAGUCAGGUGGUUCCCACGCUGAAGAACGCCGUGGCCCUGGACGUGGACGUGUCCACCAACAGGAUGUUCUGGUGCGACCUGUUUCACCGGAAAAUAUACAGCGCUUACAUCAACAAGGCCAGCGAUGCGUCGCAGCAGGUGGCUCUCAUCGACUCGCUGCACUCCCCGGAGGGCCUGGCCGUGGACUGGGUCCACAAGAACAUCUACUGGACCGACUCGGGCAACAUGAGCAUCUCCGUCGCCACGGUGGACGGCAGGAAGAGGAAAGUGCUGAUCGCUAGUGAGCUGAGUGAGCCGCGGGCCAUAGUGGUGGAUCCUCAUCAGGGGUUCAUGUACUGGUCCGACUGGGGAGACCAGGCGAAAAUCGAGAAAGCUGGGAUGAACGGAGUGGACCGACAAGUCCUGGUGUCUGAGCACAUCGAGUGGCCCAAUGGGAUCACGCUGGAUUUGUCCAACAGGCGUCUCUACUGGGUGGAUUCCAAGCUGCACCUGCUGUCCAGCGUGGAUCUGAACGGAGGCAACCGUAAAGUGCUGCUUUCCUCCCAUCGCCACCUCGGACACCCCUUCGCCCUCACCGUCUUUGAGGAUCGCAUAUACUGGACCGACUUGGAGGACGAGGCGAUUUACAGCGCCAACCGGCUGACGGGACACGACGUAGCCAAGGUGGCGGAGGAUCUGAACAACCCGCUGGACCUGGUGGUGUUUCACGAGCAGCGGCAGCCCAAAGCCCCUGACACCUGUAAUUUGGGGAGUUUGCCCAACGGCGGCUGCGAGUACCUGUGUCUGAAAGCCCCUCAGAUCACAGACCACUCCCCCAAGUACACGUGCGCCUGUCCUGACGGCAUGGAGCUGGGGCCUGACAUGAGGCGCUGCGCUGUGGUCCGACUUAGGACAACCACCACAGCGGCCCCCACCAGCACCAGCACCAGCACCACCGCUGCUACCACCAGCACCACCACUCCACCUCCCUCCACCACCCCAACCACCCCCCCCAGCACCACCACCACCACCAGCACCCGUCCCACCUCCACCUCUACCAGCACGACCACCCCAGCUGCGACUCCCCCCCCGACCACCAGGGGCUCCUCCACACCGCCGCCUCCUCAGACCUCCAGAAGCAGCAGAAGCACGGCGCGCCCUCGGACCCCCGCCGCCACCAGCACGGAGACGAGCAGCCCCAGCAGCACCAGCCAGAGGUCCACGUCCACACACACCCCCCUCCUGGAACCGGUGGCUCCCAACAGCAUCCAGAGGGAGAGCAACGGCAACCUUUCACACAGAGCUGCGAGUGAUCACUACCUCAUAGGUAACAACAUCACUGUAGCUGUUCUGGGGAUAGUCAUCCCCAUCGUCCCUAUCCUUGCCACAGUGGUCAUCGGCUUGCUCUGCACCGGCGGGUACCUGGUCUGGCGCAACUGGCGGCGCAAGAACACCAAGAGCAUGAACUUCGACAACCCCGUGUACCGCAAGACCACGGAGGACGACGACGACGAGAUCCACAUCGGGCGCCACAGCGAGUCCAUCGGCCACAUCUACCCAGCAGUGAGUGGCAGCCACAGCCAGCCGUUCAUAGCGCUCCCUCUGGGGGGCGGCAUCACAGACAGCAACUCCCACUGGUACUCGGGGGCGCCCAUGAUCACCAGCGGGAAGUAAAGCAGGAGCGGGAGGAGAGGUUUGGAAUAUUUGGGAAAGGGGGAAGAUGCAGGAGUUUGGCCUGGUAGGAGGAAAGAACCGGCUUGCUCUCGCACACUUCCACACCUCCACGAUGUCUGAGAGCACCAAUCAUUCACACGAGCUCCUCAGAGCAAUGCCACAUCCCACCGCAUUCAUACUCUA